GUCAUCCCCCACUCCUCUUCUAUACUUAUCGCUUACGUUAUGGACUGUUGAGAUUCUUUUCGAUCUCAGUUGUGACGGUGGGCCCUGGAACGUAGGGCUUGAGGGGGUUAGUGUUGCUGUCGAUUCAAUGAACUACCAAGCCAUCAACAUGUCGGACAGCGCCUCUAGGGGUGAUCGAUCGGCGAAUACAGCGGCGGGAGAUGGAUCGCAUCUCAGAGAUUCUGAUUAUCGUACUAGGGUAAGGGUGGGCACAAAUGAUGAUGGGUUUGCCGCAAACGCUGCAACGGAACGCCCGCCCGUGACUUCCUCACAGAGCUUCACUCCCCGAUCCCUCCUUGUCGGCCUCAUUAUCGGUGCCCUUAUCACGUUUUCGAACACCUAUUUCGGACUACAGACGGGAUGGAUCAGUACAAUGGCAAUGCCGUCGGCAUUGAUAGGAUUUUCGGUCUUCAAAGUGCUAUCCAAACACCUUUCCUAUCCCUUUACCCCCAUUGAGAACGUCCUCAUUCAAACGGUAGCAGGGGCAGUUGGGACGAUGCCUUUGGGGUGUGGGUUUGUUGGUGUGAUACCUGCGUUGGAAUUUCUUAUAAGAGAUGGUGAAGACGGGCCCUCUGGUGAAGGAGGCGUCGGAGAGGGUGGGCCAUUAAAGCUUAGUUUUUGGAAGCUGGUCGUCUGGAGUCUUGGUGUGUGCUUGUUCGGUGUUGUCUUUGCUGUUCCUCUGAGGAAGGAGGUGAUUGUCCGCGAAAAGUUGAAGUUCCCCAGUGGGACAGCAUCUGCGUUGAUGCUGAGAGUCUUGCACGGAAAUGGACAGAAUGAUGAAAAAGCAAAGGACAGAGUGAGCAAUGCGGGAGUGGAGCGGGAUGAAGAGGAAGAGGCACCUAUACUGUCGCGGCAAACUGAGGAGAGUGGUUUUCUCCCGAGGAAACCCCUUUCUGAAGAGCAGGAUAGUGACAAAAAGGAUUGGAGGUCGAAGAUGCGCCUCUUGGUUGGUGCCUUCGUCGUUUCCGGUGUUUAUACAUUGUUCUCAUACUUUGUCCCACAAGUUCGUGAUAUUCCCUUAUUCGGACUUUCGCUGGCACAUAAUUGGCUAUGGACUCUCAACCCAUCGCCAGCAUAUAUUGGGCAAGGGAUUAUCAUGGGGCCUUCUACCUGUAUGCAUAUGUUAUUCGGUGCUGUGUUAGGCUGGGGUGUUUUAUCUCCGCUUGCCAAGGCCCGCGGUUGGGCUCCUGGCCCGGUGGACAGCUGGGAGGACGGGAGCAAGGCCUGGAUAGUAUGGGUUUCUCUGGCCAUUAUGCUCGCUGACUCCAUUGUUAGUCUCGGCUGGCUAGUGCUCAAGCCAGCUGUGAAAUAUGCCCCUAAGCUAAAGACCAGAUUCUUCCCUAGCCAGUUUUGGCGUCGAGGCUCUCCGCGAGGGCCCACAACAUCUCAUCACCAUGAUUAUAUCAGCUACUCUGCGCUGAGUCCUAUUUCUGAGGAGCCUUCUGUACCAAGUCGCCGCCCUGUCUUGCUGGCCGGGAGGCAAGCCGAGGCUGAUGAUGAAGAUGCUCCUCCAUCUCAACUUAUCUCCACAAGAACAGUGAUCAUUCUGCUACCCUUGACUUUGAUAUUGAACGUCGUCUGCAUGCACUUCGUCUUUGGCGACGUUAUUUCCCCGUUACUCUCCAGCCUUGCAACACUGCUGGCCGUUCUCCUAUCCGUUAUGGGUGUUCGCGCUCUCGGCGAAACUGACCUUAACCCCGUAUCUGGAAUCAGCAAACUGACACAGCUACUUUUCUCUCUCGCAACCCCUGCCUCCCGCUUCUCCCGACGCACUGCAUUAGUCACAAAUCUUCUUGCCGGCGCGGUGUCCGAAUCAGGCGCCCUACAGGCAGGAGACAUGAUGCAGGACCUGAAGACAGGCCACUUACUUGGUGCAAGCCCCAAGGCGCAGUUCUAUGGCCAGAUGAUCGGCAGUCUAGUCGGUGCCGUGCUGUCAACCGCGGUAUACAAAAUGUACGUGAACGUCUACGAGGUCCCAGGCCCCAUGUUCCAGACCCCAACAGCCUACGUCUGGAUCUUCACAGCCCGACUGGUCACGGGCCAAGGUCUUCCCCCAAUGGCAUGGGAAGCAGCCUUUAUCGCCGGGGUGGCCUACGUCGCCAUCACCAUUCUCCGCAUCGUUGGCGCAUCCAGUAUCGCAAACGGCGGUAAACGCGACGCAACAGCCUGGUGGCGAGCCUGGAUCCCAGGUGGUAUCGCCGUUGCCGUCGGAAUCUUCAAUGUCCCCUCCUUCACCCUCUCUAGAGCCAUUGGCGGGUUAGUCGCCUGGUGGUGGUCUCAGAAACACAGCAGCAACAACCAUACCCAAGAACUUGAACCUCCCACUCAGUUGUCCAACGAGACACACUCCCAAGACAAUGCACCUCGACUGAAUGCCGGGAAUUCAGCGGCUGGAAACACCCCCGGACAGGUUAUCAAGGACGCGGAUGCCGCGUCCUCAACCGUCGUUGUUUUGGCUUCCGGGUUGAUCCUUGGUGAAGGAAUCAUUAGCAUCAUCAAUCUUCUUUUAGCAAGUGUGGGAGUUCCGCAUCUGUAGAUUUAGAUGGCAAUCGGAUUGGUUCUUUAGAAAAGUGGAUCACACCAUUACUUCUCUGUGGCUUAGAGAGCUUUGUGGAUGUAGAAGUAGAAUUGCAUUUAUGUGAAGCUUGUGACUUUAUUCCUCGAUUACUUUUAUUAUUUCCAAGGGCGUCCUAUCUACCUACAUUACAUAGAUACACUAGAUAGUUGCAACCCUUGUAGUAGAGGGCAAACAAUUGAACGAAAAUCAUGAACCACGUCAAAAUGUUGAAACAGGGCUGAACGAUCAUACAUUAUUUUUUUGCUUCGUUUUCCGGUUAUCCAUUGCAUCCAUACAUCAAUGUAAAAGCUCUGUACCAGGUUGACUAGACUGUCCAAAAUGGAUCGAUUAGACGCAAGAUACGCAUCGGUAAAAAAGGCAAAAAUUGAAAA